AUGUCGGAAGUAAACGUGACAAAAGUAAUAGUCAAUAAUCCGAUAUGUGACAUUUUAGAUCCUUUUGUUUUUACCAUUGAAUUUGAAGCGCUAAAUAAAUUGGAAGCAGAUCUUGAGUGGAAAAUAUUUUAUAUUUCCGCUGUUAGUAAUGAAGGAGAAAGCAAUCAAGACAUAGAAUUGGAUAAUAUUUAUUUAGGCCCAAUUGAAAGGGGAGUAAUGAUGUUUGAUUAUGCAGUCAACCCACCUGAUUAUAAAAAUAUGGAUACAGAUAGCGUUUUAGGGCUUCAAGCUAUUUUGAUAUCAGCAAACUAUAAGGAAAAAGAAUUUAUAAGAAUAGCUUAUUAUAUGAAUUCAUUUUAUAAAGAUAUAGAAUUACGAGAAAAACCACCAGUAUCACCACAAUAUGAUAAAAUAUGUAGACAUAUAUUUGUCGACAAUCCAAGAAUUGUAAAAUUUAGCAUUCCAUGGGAUUCAGAAGAAAGAGAUGAAUUUAAAGAGUUUGAUAAAGAAAAUGAAAAAAUCGAAUUAUUAAAUUUUUCAAAAAUUAAAGAAGAAAACCAAAGUAAUUCUAAUAUUACAAACCAAUCAACACAAGAUAAUAUUUUCGUCCCAAACGGAGUUAAAGAAUAUAACCCAAAUAACGGUAAUUUGAAUAUAACACUUAAUAAUAAUAUAAAUGCUCUUAAUUAUUUUAAAAACAACGAAAUGGCACCUGAUAUGGAUAGGUGUGAAAUAUUGAAUCAAAAUAUUAAGGGCAUUAGUAGUAUAACAAUUGAUAAUAAAAAUAUGCAAUGA